ACGGCGCCUUCAAGCAGGUACAACGGUACCUGGAUUAGUAAUCAACGAGUGGAGGCGCAGGCAAACGGGGUUGGACGAAUGGCAGCAGUUCAAACGACGUGCGCCACACUUCCUUGUUUGCAGCGCCCCAGCCACAAUUCCCUUACUUGGGUGACUUUCAAAGACACGUCGUCGCGCAAAUCAAAUCGGCCGAAAAGCAGAACUUCGACCAACAACUCUCCCACCAGCAGGCCACGGCCACUUCUGAUAUCCCCGAGUUCCCAUUACGGGGCCCAUGGGGCCUUUUCGCAGGCUGAUGGUUCGACAGUCACGGGCCGUCCUCAGCUAAAACUAACGUCCUCCGGCUCUUCGCCUCUUCUCCCAUUCACCCCCACGCCGCACCACAUUCACCAUGCGGUCCAUGCCCCAGUCUCCGGGACCCUCCCCUAUCCUCCUCCAUCCCCGUCGCACCCUCCUAUCCUUAUUUAUCGCUUGGAAAGGCCUCCUACUCGCCAUCGCCGUCGGAAGCGGCUUCUCCGGUCCAGCCUACGACACCUCCACCACCCUCGCCCUCGCCCAGGACGAACACGCCCACGCCUUCGACCCCGUCACGCGCCUGACCCGCUGGGACGCCAUCUACUUCACCGCCUCUGCCCGCCGCGGCUACCUCUACGAGCAAGAAUGGGCCUUCGCCCGCGGUCUACCCGUCGUCAUCUCCUUCUUGUCCCGCCUCCUCGACUUCUUCACCGGCCUGUGGCCUGUCCAACACCACCACCACCACCACCGCCACGAUGACCCGGGCCAAGAAGCUCCGUCCGGCGCCCGCGAGGCCGCCCUCGGAGUCUUCGUGUCCCACGCAGCGCACCUUGCCGCCGUCAUGACGCUGUACGACCUCGUGCGGACACUAUCAUCGCAAUCCCUGUCCCCUCCGCCGCGCCGCAACGACCUGGUACCCUUCCUGGCUGCGCUCCUGCACGCGCUCUCGCCGGCGGGCCUGUUCCUCUCCGCCCCGUACGCCGAGAGCUCUUUCGCCCUCCUCACUUUCGCCGGCUUUUCUCUUCUUGCUAGGGCAGCGCCUCUUCGCAGGUCGUGGGGGAAGACGGCUCUCCAGGUGGCGGCUGGUGCCGUCCUCGGCCUGGCGACGGCGUUCCGUACCAAUGGCGUGCUGAACGGUAUUCCCUUCGCGGCCGAGUGCGUGCUUUCUACGUUGCGUUUCGUUCGGUCCCGGCUGGGCCGCGGGAGUAAGGGGCAGCAGCAGCAGCAGCAUGACCGUUCCUUCGUCGGGUACCUAUUGGGGUUAUUCGGUCCCCUGGCGGGCGGAGUCCUCGUCGCUGCCGGGUCCGCCGUGCCUCAGGUUUUCGCUUACUUACGCUACUGUUCCGGCCCAUCCGAGCCGAGACCUUGGUGUCACCGUACCCUCCCCAGCAUUUAUGCCUUUGUGCAGGAGCAUUAUUGGGGCACCGGAUUCCUCCGCUACUGGACCAUGUCCAAUCUCCCGCUUUUCCUCCUCGCCGCUCCUGUACUCACCAUCAUGUCCAUCUCUGGAGUUGAGGUUCUUCGACAACCGUCCACGUCACUCGGCAUUGUAGGUCGGCUGGACACGGGAUCGAGGACCUUCGUGCAGGCCGUGGCCGCUGGCCAGGUGGUGCUCGCUACCCUGGCGCUUUCGACGUACCAUGUCCAGGUCGUCACCCGCUUGGCCUCUGGGUAUCCCAUUUGGUACUGGUGGCUGGCCAAUUGUCUUGCGGGCCAAGACGAGAAGCGGAGUGUUUGGGGUGAGAGGGCAGUCAUCUUCAUGGUCAUGUAUGCCAUGAUUCAGGGGGGCUUGUUUGUUUGCUUCUUGCCGCCAGCCUGAGCGUGUCAGCCCUAUGCGGCUAUCAUGAAUUCGUUCUGAUAGACUUGGACGUAUCUGCCAAAAGCCGAGCAUCACUUCUUUCCGGGUUGAUUGUCUGAAAUACCUUCACUCCCUUUGCGCUGUUUAGUCCAUGGCUUAGUAAGCGCCAGCAGCUAGCUUCCACGUAUAUCAGGUAAUUACCUUACGCUAUGUACACGUGUACAAUAUAAGGUAUCCAAGG